AUGUCUAAGCAAGAGAAAGAACAAACAAAGAUUGCCGCCAGGACGGCGCGUCUCAAUCGUUUGAUCCUGGGACGCCCCAGCAGCGAUGCGGACCACGGCACGAGCGGUGCUUCAGGUCAUGGUUCCACCGGGCUCGAGGUGGCUAUCAGCCGGGAGGGUCUUUUGGAUUCGUUGUUCGUGCUGUACGAUGAAUGCAGUAAGGAUGUCAUGAAGAAAAAGGACAAAAGCGUUGCUGACUUUGUUAGCAAAUAUCGCCCCAUCAUCAAAGAAACCCGUGGCUUACGUGUUAACGAAAAGGAUUUCGAUGUGAAAGUUCUCAUUGGCAAAGGUUACUUCGGCGAAGUGCACCUGGUUAGCGAACGGAGAACGGGCGACGUGUACGCGAUGAAGAAAAUGCGCAAAAACAUUAUCAGCGCGUCGCAGGUGCGGGAAGAGCGCAACAUUAUGGCCACACGGAGCUCGGAGUGGAUCACUGCGCUGAAGUAUGCAUUCCAGGAUCCGGAGUGGUUGUAUCUGGUGAUGGAGUAUCUUCCGGGUGGCGAUCUGCUAAGUCUGAUGAUCCGCGUCGGUGUGUUCGACGAAGAAGUGGCUCAGUUUUACCUGGCCGAGCUGACCGAAGCGCUGCACAGUUUGCACACGCUCGGGUACGUGCACCGCGACAUAAAGCCGGAAAACAUUCUGCUGGAUCGCUUUGGCCAUCUCAAGCUAGCUGACUUCGGUAACGCCACGGUGAUCAAUGAGGACGGGAGCGUGACGAGCAUGACACCGGUCGGAACGCCGGAUUACAUUGCGCCCGAGCUGCUGCAAACCCUUUCGACCGUGGAUCGUUCGGCAAACCACGGAAAGCACAAUGUAACGUGCGACUUCUGGUCGAUGGGCAUCAUCGGGUACGAGUUUGUGACGGAAGAGACACCGUUCCACGACGAUAACGUAAACGAAACGUACUCGAAGAUUGUCGCCCACUGCGAGGGAAUGCUUACGAAAAAGCUCGUCUAUCCGGCUCACGUUUCGAUCUCCUCGCACUAUCGCGAUCUUCUCGAUCGCUUGGUGACGGGUGUGGCGAACCGAAUGUCCUACCCCGAGAUCGUUCGCCAUCCGUUCUUUGGUGAUCUCAAUUGGGACCGGCUGCGCUACAUGAUUCCACCGAUCAUUCCUACGGUGACCGGGGACGAUGACACGUCCAAUUUUGAGGAGGUGGAUAAAUCGGGCAAACGGCGUUCGGUGAGCGGCAAGAAACCGACCUACAAUUUGGGGCGUGUGAACGAUUUCUCCGGCUACGAUCUACCGUUUCUCGGGUUCAGCUACGUGCACCAGGAGGCGGACGCGGGCGGUAUCUAUCGUGAUACGGACGAGCACAUGACUGCUGCCCGGUUGGCCGCGAAAACGAAGGAACAGGAACGCCGCCUGAAGGAGCACAGCGGCGAAAUCCAGCGCUUGCAGCGCGAGGUGCUGGAACGUGAUCGUAAGAUCGCAACGAUGUCGGUGCAUGGAAAGAUUCUCGAUGAAACGAAGAAGGAGCUGGAAAGCAUGAAGGAUCUGUUGAAGGAGAAAACGGCCGAACUCGCGGCCAGCCGCACCGACAUCCGGACCCUUCGUAACAGCCUGAAGAUCGAGAAGGAGCAGCGUGUCAAGAACGACGCAGUGAUCGCCGAUGUGGUGAAGCAAACGCGCAAAAAGUGGGAAAAGGCCAAGCAGGUGUCCGACCAGAACUACGAGCGCCAGCUGGCGGAGAACAAAACGGAACUGACGGCCAUCAAGGACAAGCUGCGCGAGGUAACGGGCGAGCUGAUGUCUCGGCUGGAGGACUGCCAGCACCUUCAAUCUUCCGUAGAGAACUACAAGAAGCUGCUGAAAAAGUCCAACGACAAGCUGCUGGCCGACAAGCAGACGAUUGAUCGCAACCACCAGGAGUUAAUCUCGACGUACGAUGCCAAGAUUGUCGAGCUGCGCGGCAAGUGGAAGACGGAAAAGGAGCAGCGGGUCGCUGUCGAGGCGGAAGUUCGUGGUCUGCGCGACAAGCUGCAGGAACAGGCGUCGACGGUGAAAUUUGCCGAGGAAACGCAACACAAGCUGGCGGAUAACAUUAAGCGCCGGAUGACGAUGCAGCUCGAGCAGAACAAUAUGCUACGCGAGGCGAAACAGUUCUCGGACAAGCUGAGCGAGGAGAUGCAGAAGAAGUGCGAGGAUCUGCGGUGCGAGAUCAACAAGUUGCAGGAGCAAACGAUCAUUACCGUGCCGAACAGUAGCGUGACCAGCAGCCGGCGCAGUUCGCUCGUGUUCGAGCAGGAGUUCCGCAGCGCGAACUCGAGCCUGCUGGACAUGCCGACGGUCAUCGCAGCGGACGUUGAGGCUCAACUGCGCAACGAUCUGAUUAAAGCCCGGGAAAGUGAAUGUGAGCAACGUAAGCGUGCCGAAAACUUGCAGGAAGUCGUUGGCCGCCUGGAGAAGGUGAUCGACGAGCUGAAGACGGCCGGCGGUGGCUUGGGAGCGGGAACGCUACUCGAGAAGCAGAACGAGCGGCUAGAGGAUAAGCUAACGGCCAUUCGCGAACAAUCGAUACUGGACAAGCAGUCCGCUCGUACGGCCAAUCUGACGCUGUGGAAGCAGGAGAAGGAACUGGACGCACUGCGGGGCGAGAAAAGUAUUCUUACGCGGCGCAUGGAGCAGGCCGACGAGCGGGUGACGCGCAUCCGGCACGAAAAGGAGGAGCUCGAAUUUAAGCUGCGGCAGCAGCAUGAAACGGUCGCCCAGCGUGACAAGCAGAUCGAGGAGCUACGCAGCGAUCUUGGGGCGCUGAAGACCGAACUGCGAAAGGAGCGUGAACUGUGGAGCAGCUCGGAAAAGGAUCGGUUGGCGGAGAAGACCGAGCUGAUCGAGUGUGUGUCCAAGAUACAGUCGCUCGAAGAGAAGCUAAAGGAGGGCCAACAGAAGCAACAGGCACUGACCGAACGGACCCGCUUGCUGACGGUCGAAAACGGGCGGCUGGGACGGGAACUGCACGAGGCGCAAGACGAACUGAACGAUGCGCAGGAAGCGAACGAACAGCUCGAACAGCAGCUGGCCAGUGUAACGAAGAACUUUAGCAUGCUGAAGGGUGCGUGCAGCAUUACGGAGACUCAGCUGACCGAGCUGGAGGCGCUACUGGAGAAGGAAUCGAGGCGCGUCCGGGAAUGUGGCGAGCAGAUGGAGGGGCUACGCAAGCGCAUUGCCGACCGGGACGCAGACCUGGAUUGUGUUCGGCAGGAGCUGCAGGAGGAACGGUCCUGUAAAACGUUGAGCGAAUCGCGUAUGAACCAUCUGCACGGCGAGUACGAAGAGUUGCGGCGAAAGUUUGAGCAACUGCAGCACAGUAUGAUGGCACAGCAGCAGGAACUGAUCGACAAGACGAGCAACCUGUUCGAGGUGCAGGAGCGGAUCGAGCUGUUGAACCACGACGCGGACAAUCUGCAAAAGGUGGUGUCCAACUACGAGCAGGAACACUUUAUACUGAAGGAAGAGAACUCGCGCAUCCUGACCGAUCUGUUUCUGGCGAAGGAACACAUCACGCAGCAGUGCAACGAACUGCGCGAGCAGCAGAAUGCCCUGCGUCAGCUGACAGGUGAGCUCGAUCAGCUGCAGCAGGUGCUGCAGGAGCAGAAAGCCAUCUACACCGAGCGGGACAUUCAACGCGACGGGAAGAUCGCGCAGCUCGAGAAGCUGGUCGAGUACCUGCAGGGCAUGGUGAGGGAGCUUAACGAAAAGAAGAAAAAGAAAACUUUGGCCGGCAUCAUCUUCGGUACGUCCUCAUCAUCGUCGACCGAACGAAAGGAAAAUAUGGCUCCGAAUGCGGCCAACGGUACCAUCGAGUCAUCCGCCGCCUUCCGGAAGCUGCAGGACGAACUCCAGAAGGAGCGGGGUCGCACGAAUCAGCUGAAGGAGCAACUGUUGAAGGCAAAAACUGACCUCAUCGUAGCCACGCACGGUUCGAAAUCUGCCACAACGACCCGCAAACAGCAGAAGGACGACGGCGAAGAUCAGCCUGCAGCCGGCACCACCGCGACGGGCGGGCAUCGAACGCUGCUAGAAACAUCGCAGAGUAAGAAGCGCCAUUCCGGCCAAAAGCGCCACUCUGGCCAACCGAAACAGCGGCAGAGUGGAGGGACUGGCAAACGGGAUGCCAACGGAAAGGCGCACACGUUCGAGAUGAAGGUCGAGAGCAGCAGCUCCGGCAGUAAGGCGGGACCGAAGCGCCCGAGUCUGGUGUGUGGGGUCUGCGAGCGAGAAAUCUUCGCUGGCCACACGUACCGAAAGUGCACGGAUUGUGGCAUGUCGGUGCAUCGGGAGUGUCGCUCUUCGGUGCUCGGUAGUUGCGGUCAGCAGGACGAGGACCCUGCCGACGUUGGCGUUGAAGCGCACGAAUCGCUGGAUGAUUUUGCCGACGAGUUGCUCGGAGACGUGGGGAACGAGGAAAAUGAUGAUGAUGACGGUGGCCAGUCGGCAGCGGCGGCCCCCGAUGGUCGGAAAGGUUCGAUCGUUUCGCUGUCCAGUGCGGAGGAGAAGGCAGAUGAGGAUCGGUACGUUGGCGAUUUACUGUUCAAAACGAAGCGCCUCGAGCCGCGGCUGUACGUUAACGACAUUUACGAAGUUAGCGAGAAGGCAGUGCUGUUGGGUUGUGACACGGGACUGUACUCCUACCAUCUGGACACCUCGGAGCUGGUGCACAUUCGCGGCAUUUCGAAUGUGCGCUCGUUCGCCGUAUCGCACGCAAUUCCUAAGGCCAUUCUGAUCGGUUCGGAGGGCGAAUAUCUGUACCAGUGCGACCUUCGCCAUCUGCAGAAUCGUGCCCAUGCCUCGGCCUGCCUGCAGCCGAAGCUGGACUCGUUCGUGCUCGAUCUGUCCAUCGCCAAUCGCACGCACAGCGAACGUUGGCACAUCGUGCGCAUGAUGGACGAUCUUCCGGCCACCGGCCAGCUGUCGGAAGCGAUCGCCAUUGCGGCCACCUCGUCGCGUAUCGUCAUCCUAAAGUUUGACGUGCAAGCCGGUCGAUUCAAGCCGGUCCGUGGCCUUGACACCGUGCUGCCAGUCUCGUCCGUGCUCUUCACCAAGGACACGGCGAUUGUCGGAUCGGACAAGUUCUUCGAGAUCGACUUGCGCACGUACGUGGCGGAAGAGUUCCUCGACAUGUCCGAUGCGUCCCUGCGUGACAUUCGCUCCUGCGUACCGUUGGCCGCGUUCCGCAUCAACAGCCAAGAGUACUUGCUGUGCUACCGCGAGGUGGGCAUCUUCGUCGACGAUUCCGGGUGGCGGUCGCGACCGGACAACAUUGGCUGGGUGCAGGACCCGGUCGCCUUUCACUACCGCGAAUCGUGCCUGUUUGUGGCGCACGCCGACUGCGUGCAGGUGAUGUACAUCAGCAAGUCGUACACGAAGGACCUCGCGUGUCGCCAGUCGCACGUGGAAGAGGAGCGCCGUGCGUUUGUUAGCUUGCGUGAGGCGCCCCGUCUGCUGGCGCCGCUACAGUUCGCACACACUUCACUGUACGUGGCGUGCGAGUGUGGCCCGGAGCGGGAACAGGAGAUCGUUCUGCUCGACGGUAUGAAAGCGCUGCGGACGGUAGGUUUCAGAGGAUCGCUGGAAACGCUCUCGUCACUCGCUAGCAUACCGGCGCCGGUACGCCGCAGCCAAGGCUCGCUGUCCACAGCGCAGCGUGUGUAG